CCCAAAACGCUUGGAACAAGUGCGUCGGCUCCGCCGCCAACGGAGGCAACGAGUGGUUCCCGGCGCCGAGGCGAAAAGUUUGCGGCGAGCAAAUGGGCUCCGACGUGCGCGACCUCAACGCGCUGCUGUCUCCCUCGGUGCCCUCCCUGCCGGGCAACAGCAACUGUCCCAUGCCGGUGAGCAGCGCGGCGCAGUGGGCCCCGGUGCUGGACUUCCCGCCCGGCGCCUCCUACGGCUCGCUUGCCCCGCACUCGGCCUUCAUCAAGCAGGAGCCCAGCUGGAGCGCCACCGAGCCGCACGAGGAGCAGUGCCUCAGCGCCUUCACCGUCCACUUCUCCGGCCAAUUCACAGGCACCGCCGGAGCCUGUCGCUACGGCCCCUUCGCACCGCCCCCGCCGCCCAGCCAAGCGCCCUCCAGCCAAGCCCGGAUGUUCCCCAACGGCCCUUACCUGCCCAACUGCUUGGAGAGCCAGCAAGCCAUCCGCAACCAAGGUUACGGCACAGUGGCGUUUGAUGGAACUCCAAGUUAUGGUCACACUCCCUCUCACCACGCAGCACAGUUUACAAACCACUCCUUCAAACACGAGGACUCCAUCGUCCAGCAGACGACUCUAGGUGAUCAACAAUAUUCAGUGCCUCCUCCUGUCUAUGGUUGCCACACUCCCACAGACAGUUGCACAGGCAGCCAGGCUCUGCUCCUGAGGACCCCUUAUAACAGUGACAAUUUAUACCAAAUGACCUCACAGCUUGAAUGCAUGACAUGGAAUCAAAUGAACUUGGGAUCCACACUUAAGGGUCAUGCAACAGGAUAUGAAAGUGAUAACCAUGCUGGCCCUAUGUUAUAUAGCUGUGGGGCCCAAUAUAGAAUACACACCCAUGGAGUUUUUAGAGGAAUACAAGACGUGAGGCGAGUGCCUGGCGUAGCUCCUAUGAUUGUUAGAUCAGCAAGUGAUACAAAUGAGAAAAGGCCUUUCAUGUGUGAAUAUCCUGGCUGCAAUAAAAGAUAUUUUAAACUGUCUCAUCUGCAGAUGCAUGGCAGAAAGCACACAGGUGAAAAACCAUACCAGUGUGACUUUAAGGACUGUGAACGAAGAUUCUCUCGUUCAGAUCAACUCAAACGACACCAAAGACGACAUACAGGUGUGAAACCCUUCCAAUGUAAAACCUGUCAGAGAAAGUUCUCCCGAUCUGACCACCUGAAGACUCACACCAGGACUCAUACAGGUGAAAAGCCUUUCAGUUGUCGGUGGCCCAGCUGUCAAAAAAAAUUUGCCCGAUCUGAUGAAUUGGUCCGUCAUCAUAAUAUGCACAACAGGAACAUGACUAAACUUCAGCUUACUCUUUAGAUUUUUCACACUGUGUACAAACCAGAUGGGACCCUAUGAACUAUUCAACCAUUGUCUGUCAACUCUUUAGGAAUUCUCAGAAACCUUCAUAAUGCAGUUGAGACAAGUUAACUAAACUGUAGGAUUCUGUUCAGUGAAGACCUCUACUUAAAUUUUGAACUUGGAUUACUUGGAUUUUGAACAUUCCUGUUCCAAACCUCAAAUGGUUCUGUUUUGUAACAUUAUUAUAUAAUUGCAAAUUGACUAUGUUAUACUUUAAAUAUUACUAUAGACUCUAGUUGUGUAUAUUUGUUUAAUCCUUAAGAGGGUUUUUUACUUUUUCUUUUUACUUGAAAUUUGCAAGUGCAAGCUAGUGUGCAGUCAUACUCAUACAUAAUGAUUAGUAUAUGCGAAAGUCUGUUCAUGUACAGUAUACUAUUUGCUUACUGCAUACACUGAAGUUUCUAAAUACUGCUGCAGUCUUGUACAAAUACUGAGUCAAUUUUAGUAAUAUUUGAACUGCCCAAAUGGGACAAUUUUAUAUUCUUCUGUGAAUCUUCAGUGUCAACCAUUCCAAUAUCUUGCUUGCAAUCUUUAGUAUUGUGGGUGUUUUAGUCUCUGACAGGCACACACAAUUCAUCUGGGAGUUGGAUGCACACUUUGAUGUACGUGAAGCCCAACAAUCCACACAGGCUUGUGCUGUUCCCAGAGUUGUCUACACUGAGCAGAGGAAAAACAAAGGACCAGUGCAGGUGGUUUCAGAGUUCAAUGAAUUUUUGUGUAUGAGGAAAGCCAGGAUUGUGCAUAAUGUCCCCCCCCACCUGCACAUACUUAAUUUUAAGUCUGUAUAGAGCCUAUGAACAUGCAAUUAUAUAUGCAUAGAACUCUCUAUGCUUGAGCAGAAUCCUUGGUGUUUCAGAUUUCUUAUCAUGUGGAGAGAGUUCUAUGCAAUGGCACAUUCAUUUACUGAAUGUGCAUUGGGCAGGAGAAUGCUUAAUUUAAAGAUGCUUCUUGUCCUCUCCGGCAAUCAGUAUGCCAGUCACCUGACUCACAUAUUUAGGUGCUGACCACCCACUGGGCACUAGAUUUUUGAAUCCCUAUGACUGGGUUUCUAACCUAUCACAUUAUACUGCUAUUGAACACUUUCUUUCUCCUCCCCUUACAUGUCCAACUGAAGGAGAAGCAGAAAGAAGUGCUGCUAUACUUGCAGUCUUCUAAGGAAGCUGACACGAAGUUGCAUUGGACUGUCCCUUCCCAUUGGUGAUUAUGAGCGAGAAACACAAAGUGUGUAUAAUUUGCAAGAUCACUAGCUUUGCUUCUAAAACUGGUAUACUGAAAACUAGAAUCUUGCUUUGAAGUUAACUUGUUUUCACACCAACAGCAUUAAUGUAGAGAAACUGUACAUUUUAUUUUGUAUUUUGAAACUGGUUUAAAUUUCAACUUUGAAAUUUUAAAUAUUCUGCUUUGAGAUACAGGUCCUCACACAAAGUCAGUAUCAUUGUAAAUGUUAAGGAUUUGUUUAACAUGCAGCCAUGCUGGUUAUGUGGCUGGCAAAUUGUGUAAAAUAAAGUUAAAGUUGAACUCAAGAAGAGGCUGGUCCAGAAUUUCCAUUAGCAUAUGGCUCUUAAGCUACACAGAUAGCUCUUAAAUGUGACUUGAACGUCUUUUCAUUUACAAUUAUAUGUGCAAAUAUAAAUGCCCAAUGUGAUGAAAUAUAUCAUUAAAAGGUUUAGGGUUUAUUAUUUACUGUUGAUCGUUUGAAGUGGUGUAUAUAUAUCAAUAAAUAUAUAUCUAAUAAUGUAUUGCUCUUAAACAAUUAAGAUUAGAAAGUGAAUAAACAUAAUUUAGAUGCAUCACGGUUCAGAUGUUGCUACAAGCUGUUGAUACCACAAAGACUGUAACCUGCAUUUUUCACUGAGCUUUCAAUUAAAGCCCAUUUAAAGAGAAACAAAUAAGAGUCCAACAGAUGUGUUGUUUCAUGGCUCGUAUUAGGUUUCAAUUUUUUUCUCCAAUUGUGUUGACCUCUUUUUGUAUAUAAAGGUACCACCAGAAGGGAUGACCACUAGUUAACCUGGCCAGGUCUUGACCACAAUUUAUCCUUCUCACUGGGGAAUUGUACUGACAACAGUAUCAGAUUUCAUAUUAUGUUGUAGAGAGUUGUUUCACUCUACUUACAGCAGUUUUCCUUUAAGAGAGUGACCCACAGGCCACAUUUGAACUGGCCUCAUUGCCUUCAAUGAAUUAUUUGUCCUGCUUUGGAAUAGACAAACGUAGCUACAUCCUUCCUGAUAAGGAUUACAGUCUCGCUGUCUUUAAUCACAACAUCACCACACAAUCCCAGCAUAACCAUGACUGUGUGCAGUCUUUUCCUUUUCAGCCACAUUUGUAUUCCACAUUUCCCUCAAUGAGCUCAGUAGUGUACAUAGAGUAGAUGUAGGCUACCCCUUUUUAUCCUCAUAAUAAUGCUGUGAGGUAGUUGAGGCACAGAAACACUAAAUGACUGAAGGUCAUGCAGUGAGCUUCAAAGCUGAGUGAGGAUCUGACCUCCACAGACACUCGAUCACUACACUAUGCUGGCUCUCUGUUUUCAUGCAAGUGUGCUAAACGUAAUUCUUUUGACCAGUAAGCAAAUUUUACAUAUCAGUUAUUAUCUCCUGUUCAAGUCUCAGGAAAUGCACAGCAAGAAUGUCUUUAAGGUUAGAAAGUCAUCCUUUACACCAGCCUUCCCCAACAUGGUGCCCUCCAAAUGUUUAGAACUCCAACUCGCAGCUUCAGUUCAGCCCCCAGUGAUGAUGGGAAUUGUAGUCUGAACAUCUGUAAGGCACUUUAUUGGGAAAGCCUGCCUUAAACCAUUAUAUAAAAACAUUUAAUUUGUAGCUGUGGUGUACAUUUCACAGAGGUACUUCACACAUUACCAAGAUGCACGGUUUGCCACCAAGAAUACACUUCACAGGGAACUGUCACCAGUCAUGGUUCCUUGACGAGUGUGCCUCUACAAUACAUAUAUUUGCAAACAGACAUCUAUCUCAGGCAUGUAUUGUUGUACACCUAAAACUCAAUUGGUAUACACCAAAAAUAUGUGUGAAGUGGCCCUCAUUUCAUGUGCUUGAGAACUCUUAUCGUGCAUAAUAAAAUAUGAACAUGUGUAAAAUAUCUGUGCAGCCAAUUACAUUUUUUGAAUUCUAAUGGGUAAUAUGUUAGAUGUCUUACCUGCCCUUCAUUUUUUUAAUCUUUCAGCUUUUCUGUAUGUGUGUAUGCAUAUGUGCAUAUACACUUAUAUCCAUAUACAAAAACUUCAAAAGGCAGCUAUAUUUUUUUCAUUUCCCCUCUGGUAAUACAUAGAACAAGGAGAACUAAAGAGAAGUAGCUUACUUCCCCCCCCGCAUCUUUUUGGAUAAGUCAACAGUUAAUUCUUCAAGACCUUUCUCACGUGGAGAUUAAGUCACGUAUUUCAAAGGAACAGUGACUCAUUUGUAUCAGUCAGCUUUAUCUUUUACUGCCCGAAGACAGUAUGCCUCUGGAGAAACUCAUAACAAGAGGGGCAAACAAGAAAAGGAAGAAUUUGGACAAAACAGUGUGUAGGUAUAUAUGUGUACACGUGAGCAUACAGAACUAUAUGGUGGUUUUCAGCUACAGUGUCCUGUCAGUGCAAGGAUUUCUGCUUACACAAUGGGACCUUCCCCCUCAAUUCCCCCCACACAUGUCCCAUGUCCUCCCCAAAUCUUCUCCAAAGGGUUGAGGGGUGCAUGCGGGGAAGAAAGGAGGAAAACAUUCUAUUGUGCAAAGAGAAAUCCUUGUGCUUAUGAAAGAAGAGGCUUAGCACUACGUUGAAUUCUACCCACAUAGUGGGGGAAUUUUUUUGGUAAAAAAUGAGGUGCCAGUACUCAUACCUUGAUGAAAGUGCUAUGAGUGCCAGCACAAAAUGGUUGUCGUGGACAGAAAAAAAGAGAUGCUGGCAUUCUGUACUGAUGAGUUCCAUCACAAAAAAGCACUGUACACACACAUAUAUACCUAUAUACAUACAUACAUACAUACAGUACACACACAUGAUAAUCUUCAGAUUAUAAAUCCUGAUUAUCCAGGUUAAAUGAUCUCUUGAAAAGUUUAGACUUAAUAAGAAUGCAUAUAUGUUCUCUUUAGUAUAUUGAGGGUGUUUUUAAUUUGCAUCCCAACCAUCUGUUAAAAUGGAUUUAUGCUUCUACAAGCCAAGAUUCAUAAUAUUGAAGAAUCUGUUUAUGACAAAUAAAGUUAGCUCUAUGAAAAUAAAACAUAAUUACUACAGGCCUGUUGAUUUGGACUGUCAGUUGAAGAAAUCUUAGUCAAAUAAUCCUAUGAUAUUUGGCUGAUUAACAACACAGCCCUAUACAUGUCUACUAAGAAACAUAUAUUGUGUCAUUGAUUUCAAGGGAAUUACUUCCAGGUAAGUAUAAAUAUAUACACACUUAACUGGGAGUAAGCCCCAUUGUACACAAGAUACUCACAGGCAGCCUUGAUCUUCAUGUAAGUCCUGCCAAAGCUGUCACUGUGAAUAAGCUGAACAGCACAUAACCCCUAAACUGUGGUAUGGAAGCAGCUCCUUUGUUAAACAUGCGCAUAGUUUAGACUGGGGCUGGUGUAACAAGUUUGAUAAUUUCAAGUUUGGUGCCAGAUCUUUGAGGUAAUACAUCAGAUAGUUGUUCCAUCUCUGGCAAUCUUAAAAGUUUGGGAUGGGCAAAAUGCUGGCUGCAAAAAAAAUCAAUAAUUUCCCUCCCUACUGGCAGCCUGAUUAAAGAGAUUUUGUAAACAUUUGGAAAAUGUUACCUUGGAGCAGUAACCCUAAAGUUUUGUUUAUAUAGAGGUUUGUCAAAAAAAGAAACAUUUUAAUCAACUUAAUUUGAUUUCAUUACAUUAAUUAACAAAGAAGCCGAUGCUUCAGCAAUUGUGGCAAUGUAUGCAAGCUUAUGGAAUGCUCUAUAACUAUACUAGGUCAUCAGUACCUUUGGAACUCCCCGCUGCUUUAGAUGAAUUGUGAAAAACAACAGAAAACUGAGAAUGGACUCUGAGAAUCCCUGCAAUUUUUUUAUUGUGCUUUGAUUGAUU